UGAGUUACGCAUGAUUCCUCACCAUUAGCAAGGCUGGGCCAACAUGUCUCUCGCUCUGUGGCUGUGUAUCACAGUCGCAUUAGUGCCGUUCUCUUCCGCCACCAAGGGCACUCCUUCCUAUGUCAUCGGGCAGUAUAGAGGAUCUACAAAGUACGCUUUCCUGGGACAUUUAGAACACAACUUCGACACGGGAGCUGUAGUCCUCCACUUCAACACCUGUUACGAGUAUCGAUUUAAAAUCGACAAGAUCGUCGUCACUACGCCCUAUCAGUACCCAUCCGUCCAAUGUCAUCUGGUGGCCGGUGGGAUCUACGACACAUAUUUUGGCCUCAAGGUCACCGGUAGAGGCUUGACCUUUUAUGACCUCGAAGUCUGGGUCACUUGGAGGGCGACUAUCGUUACCGUUGAACAAGCUUUCGUACUGAAAGAGUUCAAAAUGUUCCACCCCUGUGCUAACCCUAGACCUAGUCCUCCUUUAGACAUCGAUAAUUAAUUCCUUCACUAUUUAUUUACUAAAAUACACUUAGCCGAAUAAAUGCUUAUCAGUAUACUGGUAAA